AUGAAUGAUAUUAGAUAAGAAAAUAUAAUUACAAAGUCUUACAAUAUAGAAACUGUAAUAGAAUAAAACUAUCUUAAAAUAUAUCUUAAUGAAGAAUCCUACUAAUAAUUUGCAGUUGAGUAUUUAUUAGAUUGUCUCAAUAUUUCAGUCAAUAAGUAUGUACUAAUUAUUAUUUAAGAGUAGUUAUAAUAAUUAAAUAUGUAUCUUUAUUUGAAUUUAUUAAAGAAAAUUUGAUAUUAGAUAUAAUUAGAAAGGCUCCAAAAUUGCAUUCUAUUUUUAUUUUAGGAGACAAUUAAGUUGAUGAAUAUAAAGAGAAAAACAUUUUUAGAAUAGAAUCAUUAAAAGAAAUAGGUAAUAUCUUAAUAGGUUUAGAGAAAAAGAAUAGUUUUUUGAAUGAAAAACUAAACAAAUAUGGAGUGCCAAUAAUUUUAUAAGAAUUAUUGAAAUAUUAUAAAAAUAAUAUGUAGCAUGAAGGGCUUUUUAGAAAAUGUGCUAUAAAUAGUGAAAUUCAUGAACUAUUAAAUGAAGUUAAAGGCUAUAAUUUUACAAGAAUAAAGGAUGCAAAUCCUCAUUUAGUAGCCUGUACAUUAAAAUAGUAUUUGAGUCAAUUAGAGAUUUCUUUAAUAAACUGUGAUUAGGUAUUUUAAAAAGAAUUAAAUGCAUUUAAUGUUAUCAAUAAUUUAUCAGAGAUAAAUGCUAGAAUAUUUUAUAUGAUUUGUUCAUUUUUAUAAGAAGUAGCUAAAUUUGAAGGAUAAAAUAAAAUGAAUUUAAAAUCAUUAGGGAUAUUAAUUACACCUUCAUUAGUGAAAUUUUCUAAUGAAUGUGAAAAUCCAUUGGAAAAGAUGAAUAAGGCAAUAAUGUUUAUAUAAAGAUUCUUGGAAAAUUUUCAUAGAUUCGUUCCUAACUUUCAUUAUGAAGAACUUUUAGAGAUUGAAGAAGAUGAGAUAGAGUAAUAAUUAGAAGAUUUAGAUCUGAAAAAAGAAUGGGAAUAAUUAAAUAAAAAGAAACAACAUAAGUGAUG